ACCUCAGGGAUGCAUCUUCCCACAUCCCGAUACUACAGCUAGCCAUAAACUGCGCCUUAUCUCUAGACCUGUUGCCAAUCGAUAUCUGCGACCUGGGUUGCCUCCUGCAGUUGCUCCAUAAUGCUGUUUUAGCUGUGUAACGUUACUGCUCAUUCAGAACAAGGGAUGCUAAUAUUAACAGUUAGUCAUUAGCCUGGGAAGGUUAUUCGCUCAGGAGCAUCCUGUGUUGGCCGGUUGCCUCGCAGCUCCGGCCUGCCUUGUUGGUGGGAAGGAGCUAAUGUUAGCAGCUAAUUAGCCUCCGGCCAGGUUUGGGUGAAAGCUGUGCUGGUAACGUCGUCCGAGUAAACAAUAGUUAACAUCAGCUGCUAGCUCCAUUGUUAAGCAAAAUUUAGCUUUGGUUGUUACCUUUCACCCCGUAGCUAAUGCUACUUAAUACCGAUUUACGUUAACAGUUUCCUUGAUUUUGUAGCUUAACCAACAAACUUAACGUUUGCUUCAGGUGAUGACCUGAAGGAGGAUUCAAAUUAGUAACGUGCCGUUAAUCCAAGUUUGCAUUUUUAGUUUGCACUGCUAGAUUUAAGCCCACAGCAGAACAAGCCUCAGGAGACUGUUACAGCUGGUACAGUGUUUACCUGAACACAUCAAAGUGUUAACCGCAGAGCAAAAGGCUGCUUGCUCCUGUGUCGGGGAAAAGCAAUGCAAGAUUUCUCAGGACCAGACUGCCGGUUCCUGUCUUUCAAGAAAUCAGAAACUGUCUAUGUAUAUUACAAAUUGUCUGGUAGAAGGGCAGACUUAUGGGCCGGAAGUGUUGGAAGUAGCUUUGGCUAUUUCCCAAAGGACUUUCUUGCAAUUAACCACAUUUAUACUGAGAAAGAAUUUGAACUUCCAGCUGAGGAAACAGAUUUUGUCUGUUUUGACACUGGAUUUGAUAAGUUUGACAACUACAACAUAGAUUUGCUACUGGGCUCUUCACUGGCAGAGAGUAACAGUGAAAAUAAGGAAACAUCUGACCAAAGCCAAGUGGCAGAGGGUGAAAAGAAAGAAACACAGCCAACAGCAGAUGAGGUAACUGAGAGUGAAGAACAAACUGAGCAUCAUGAUGACUAUGAGGAUGUCAGCACAGUCCCAGAUGAUCAAAGUGCCUCUUUACCUGAACCCGAACCCGAUGUGGCAACUGAAUCAUCUUCUAUGAAAGAAGCAGAAUCUGAAACAGUAGCUACACCUGACGUCACUGAAAGAUCUGCAGGACAUACAGAAGUUGUGCAAGAAAACACAGGAGAGUCUGUUCUUGAAAAUAUUGUGUCAGAAAGGAGUGAAAGCGAAAAAUCUGAAUUGGAAUCUGCGGCCAGAGUUGAUGUGGUUUCGGACAAUGAACCGGUCUCAGUUUCUGAAGGAGUGCAAAUCCCGGAGUUAAAAACCACUCUUGGAACAACUUUUGAUGCUGUUGCCACCGAUGAUGAAACCACCAAGAAUGUGACUCCAUAUGAAGAGGAGGAAAGUGAACAUGUGGAGAAUCCUCCUGAAGAUGACAUUGAUGUUACAGUAGAAACUCCUUUGCUUUCUUACUCUGAAGAAACCGUGAACACUCCAGCAUCUGAUGACCUCAAAAAGCUCGAAAGUCCUCAAACAGCACAUGAUGAUAAACCAGAGACUGCAGAGGAGAAGAACAUGUGGACAUCAAUUGGAGAUGCAGUUUUUUCGGUUGUCACUGGUGGAGAGCCUGGAGUGCACGAUCUGAGUUCGGAGGAAGACGAAGAUGAAGACAUUGAGGAAGAAGAAGCCGCUCCAAAAACCCCUCAGAGUCUUGAGGAAGAAAAGAAAUAUGUAGAAGAAAUGGAACUACCAAAAGAGCCAGAGAACAUAGAACCAGUUCUUCAAGAUUCUUUUUCCAGUUCUGUACAUACAGAUAAUAAAGAAACAAAUGAUGACUCUGAAAAACUCUUCUUUGAUCGUUAUGAUGAGAGUGAUGGAGAAGUGAUUGGACCUGAGGAAGUAUUAAAACCAACAGAAGCACGUACAGUAUCUGUUGAUCCAGCAUCACAAGAUGAUACCUCUGCCAUUCCCGACACUAAAAAAUCAAAACAUGAAACAGCAGAUGAACCUAACGAAUACGAAGAGGAAGAGGAGGGAGUUUCCGAAGAUUCAGAGAUCAAUAAUGAUAAUGUAGGUAUACAGGACAGUGACAUUGUGAUGGAGCAUAAUAAAGAUUUAGACAACGAGCUGACAGAAAACAAAACAGUGACUCAUCAAGAAUUAGCUGGUAUUGAAACUGAAACAGAGAAGGACCUCUCCACUGAAGAGACGCAGUUGGACAAUUCAAAUGUCAAAGAUGAUGAGAAGAUCGUAGAUGGAAGCCCACAUAAUCAGGUCCAUGGCCAAUUAAUGACAGAUUUAGAGAGUAACAACAGUCAAUCAGAAUUAUCUGUGGAGGAACCAGACAUUCAUGAGGAACUUCUUACAGAGGAAGACGAAAAAGAUGCAGAGAUAGAUCAAGAGAAAGCCGAGGAGAACGAGGAAUUACUUGAAGAUGAAAACGCACUUUCUUUCUCACAAUCAAAUGACACAUACUCUAAUGAACCAUUACCCAUAACAACACUGCCCUCUGUGUCAACUCCCGAGCCAGAGUACAGCGAUAGUGUGAUGAGACUGACUCUGCUCCGAGACCACUUUACAGAGGAGAAAAUGGAGCAGGUCCAAAAGCUUCUGGGUCUCAAGAAUCUCUUUAAAGUGGAGGCCAUGUUCUCUGACUUGGACACAGAAUUGCAGGCUACACGUCGCUCACACACGGGUACCACACAAGACAUUGAAAAUGCACUUGAGGGCAUCCUGGAAGCCUCUGAAAACACGAUCCUGGACGAGAUUGAGAAGAUGCUGGACAGCCAGAGUACAGAACGCAAGUAUGACCCACACAUGGACACAAGUGCUUUGGAUGAGGAGACUGAAAUACUGGAUGACUUCCAGGAGCUUGCAUUCAGCCUGCGACAGAAGUAUUCAGCAGCCAGUGACAGCACACCUUUGGCAACAGAAAAAGAGUCAGAUGUUGACCAAGAUGAGCAGAAAUUAAAUGAAAAAGAUGACACACUCCACAUUGUUGAAGAAGACAAGCUUGACAGCAUCCCUGAGGCUGAGAGUGACAACCUCACACUAAUGGAUCACGAGGAAAGACCAGCAGAGAUGAAAGAAGAGCAGAUAGUUUUGGAUGACGUGAACGGUCAACCGGACAUCAACGUGGAGGAAGAUGGCGGACACUUUAAUAAAAACAAAGACAAUCAGCCGAGCUUCAGUGCAUCAGAAGAGAUGCCAAAGGUCCCACAAGCCACCCUGGAAAAUCCCUUAGACAUGGGGCUUGGUGUUGAGGCUGAGCACUCGCCCGCAGGCCCUGUAGAUGUCAUGGAACCUGUGUCAGAAAUUAAUGAAGAAGAAGUGGGAUUACUCUCAACUGGAAUUGUUUACGUGGGCUGCGUCCUUUCAAUGAUCAGGAAUAAAGUUGCAGAGUGGAUCACGGUGAUUAUUUCAUUACUCCCAGAAGAGUGGCAGCCAGGUGAAACCUUGUAUGGCUAUCCUUGGCAGGCUGUUGUCAUCACCGCUUUGGUUGGAGUGAUGACCUUCACCCUUUUCUUCUGGAGGACCGUGUUGGCAGUGAAGAAGAGAGAAUACCUUGUGGAUGACAAAAGGAUGAAAGAGCAAAUUCAGGCACUGAAAAAAGAGAAGAAUGAUGCUCUCACAAAAGUGUCUGAACUCCAGAAACGGACUGAGCAACUGAAAGAACAUCAAAAACAGUCAAAGGAAAAAGUUAGUUGCACUAUGAAGCGGAUACAAGACCUAGAGAGUAAGGUUCUAGAGGCACAAACACUGAAUGAUAACAUAGCAGACGAAAAGAACAAAUAUGCAAAACUACUCGAAGAAGAGAGGGCAGUCUCUCUACAAAAUGAAACCAGGAUUGAGAAAUUGGAGAAGUCAAACGAGAAGCUCCAGCUCAGUAGAAAAAAGAUUCAGGAAGCUUUCGCAAAGACUACUGUCCUCCUGGACGAGGCCAAGAUUCGGGAAGACGCCCGAAACGUUCAGCACAAAUGUCUUGAGAAAGAUUACGCAACGCUAAAAGAAGAAAAUAAAGCUCUUAAGGCUACUAUUAAGGGCUGGGAGGACAAACACAAGGAGCUGAAUGACCAGAUCAAAGUCUAUCAGAAGUCCCAGAAAGAGCUGGAGGACUCAGUUGUGCUCAAAGAUCACAAUGUGGAGGUGCUGUCUGAACUUCUGGCAGACCUAGACGCUUGUGAUUCACAAAAAGGUGACACGAAAGUUUUAGUCAAUGGUGAAGUCACACCUGUGUCUUUUUCAGACAAGAAGACGACCAUAAAGAACAGGAUCAAACAGAUGAUGGAUGUCUCUCGGAUACAAACGACUCUCGCUGUUGUCGAAGAAGAGCGUGAUCGCUUCAUGACCAAACUGCUGAAUGAAGAGAAGACCAGAAAGUCACUAGAAGAACAACAUCAGGAGCUGGAGCAUGCAAUUGCAACCCUUAAAGGCGAGAAGGGCCAUGUUGAAAACCAGUUCAAGAUCCUCCAGCAGAAAAAUGAAAUCAUGGUUGAAAUGUAUCAGCAGAAGGAAAACGCCUUGCAGCAGAGAUUAACGAAGGAAGAGUUGGAGCGACGCAGCAAAGAGAAUAUGCUGUCUGAGGUGGGAGGAAAAGCUCUGGAGGCAGAGGAGCAGGUUAAAGUCUUAAGGCAACGCAUUAAUGAAAUGGAGGAGCAGAUGAAGAAGACUGAAGAAGUCUAUAAAGAGCAGAUAAAAGAACAGGAAAACAAAACUCACUCAAACUGGGUAAAUGCUCGCAACGCUGAGCGAGCUCUGAAUCAAGAGAAGCUCGAAUGUUCAAAGCUCCGUGAAAAAUUGGCUGUACUGACUUCCCAGCUUAACGAGCGCCGUGCUCCCCUCUUCAGACCAAACUCGGGACAACCUGCAGGCCCUCGCCAAGGUGAUUCAUACGGGCCCUCUCCUGUGAGUGGGGGUGCACCAUCCCCUCCGCUAAUGAUCGAGGGUCCCAGGCGCCCUCCCUCUGCCCCAGUGGGGCGAAGAAUUGAUCCGUAUGGUCCACGGCCUCCAUCAGACCCACAUGGUCGGUACCCUGAAAACAAACACAUCUCUGGGAUGGACAUGAUGGGCCCCCGUAGCUCUUCACCUGCCAACAUGGAUGGAACUACACAAGCAGUAGAUCCACAGAUAAAAGCAGAGACACAUGCUGAGGUCUCCACAGACAGUCCAGAGCCAGGCCCUGGAUCCUUCCUAGCAUCUCCAAUCAGGGAUUCACCAGGCCCCAUGGUCCAAGGACCUCCACCUGGCCUGGGACCCCAUGACCAGCUCCUCCCUCCUGGACCCCCACCUCCUGGCCGUCUGCCACCUCCUGGACCUUACAGACCUCCACCACCCGGUGUCUAUCACCUCCCACCAGGUCCUCAUGGUCCUCCUCCUCCACGUGGGCCAUCACUUCCAGCCAAUGGACACCCAGGUAUGCCUCUGCCUGGACCGAUGGGAGGAGAAUUUGGACCUCGACCCACUAAUGGACAUGCGUUCCACCCCAGGCUAGGCCCUGGGGGUCCACUACCGCCACACAUCCGUCCCCCUCCACCUCAUCACUUUGGACCGAUGCCCCUGCCACCUGGUGUCCGUGGACCUAUGGGACCACGUCCACCCAUCCCUCAUGAUAUGCGCUUCCCAGUAACGCGUGACCACACCAGCCCACCAAUGAACCUGCCUCCAGGUGUCCCUCCCCAUCCCACGCCAGGUGAUGCAUACAGUCAGGCUCCACCCGAUGCCCUUCAGAACUCAGCAGGAGAUCACACUGGCGCCGGACAGGACCUGCAUGUGAAGCAGGAUGCCCCUCAGGACUCAGUGAGGCCAGCGAUGGUCAAGCCUUAAAAAAACAUGCCACCAGCAAAGGACUUGAACUUACUCCAAACUAUCACGUUAACAACCCAGACCCAGUCCAACCAUAGGUCAUGAUUAUUUUCAUAUUGCAGUUAUAAAUUCAAAACUACAAAGGAUGUUUAUUAAAAAAAACAUGGUCCUUAAAUUAAAGCAUCAUCAAUAAUCAUGUGUCUGAAUAAAUGAGUUAAGAGAGUUACCACUUUUCUAAACAGCUUAUUGUGCAAUAAUAUUUCAUUAUAAGCCAGAGGAUUUUCAUUUUUGUUGAUCUUUUAAAAAAUACACAUAAGACAAUGAUUUUUAAGGGGCAAAUUUUUAUUGUCAUUUCCUGUGGAAAUUAUUUUUUAAAAAGGAGGGAGGUUCAGUGUCUAGCAUUUCAGGAAUACCAUAAUUUUCCCAAAGUUGUUGCUUCAGAGUGAACUGUAAAGCAAAUGUAAUUUGAUGGCCAGAUGUAUAACUUAUUUUACUAUGUUGGUAGGACUUUUAAUAAUAAAGAAUGUAAAAGC